CCCCCCCUCAUCUGACGAAUAUUGGUGCAUACUGAAUAGAUCAAACAAAUCGAUUGGCGAUUUGAUGUUGGGGUUACGCGCAGUCGCUUCAAAUGUUGGGGGUCGCCUCCUUCAAUCUUUACCGUUUUGCGGGAUACGUGGUCGAUGCAUCACUAUAAAAGCAGGAAUGGAUAUCCCCGACAACAAAUCCCUUGAGUACGCCCUUCCAUACAUACAUGGCAUAGGUAGAGCCAGGGCUCGCCACAUCCUAUCUGAGCUCCACAUGGACAACAAACUUGCCAAGGACUUGACUAAGAGAGAAAUCAUUGCAAUCGGUGAAGAACUAUCCAAGUACAUAAUUGGAAGGGAACUGAAUGCAGUAGUUGAGAAAGACAUUAGACGAAUGAUAGACCUCCAGUGCUACAGAGGGAUAAGACAUAGUGACGGGUUGCCAUGCCGAGGACAGCGUACCAAGACCAAUGCCAGGACCAGAAAAGCUGCUAAGCGCAUUCCUUAUGGAGGAAGGAGCAAAUAGCCACUUUCUUCGCUUUAUCUAGAUAGGAGCUCAGUAUGGGUAAAACAUUUGACUGCUUUUACAAUUUAUGAUGUUUCAAGUUGUUGGCAUUCGAAAUAAGAAGGCUUCAUGUUACUCUUUCUGAGAUUUAAAAUUCAGAAUUUAUCCUA